AUGGAGAAAGUAGUGGAAGAAGCGGAAUUGAGGGUUAAAAUGGCACAACUUAGAGAUGUACCCUUACCCACCUCCAACACUUCAAGUCAAGGAGGUUCAAGUAGUGGUUUGGGUGUAGGUUCAAAUUGGUGUGGCACCACAAGUAGUGACCCAAAGAAGAGGAAGGCUAAUCCUAUUGAGAAAGCAUUUAACAAUAAUCUUAGAGAACAAUUAGAUGGUGAGAUUGCAAGAAUGUUUUACACGAGCGGCUUGUCAUUUCAAUUUGCAAGGAAUCCCCAUUAUGUGAAUGCCUUUAGAAUCGCUUGUAGUAAAACACUUUCGGGUUACCACCCUCCCGGUUACAAUAUGUUGAGAACUACACUUCUCCAAAAAGAGAAGAAUAACAUUAAGGAGUGUUUGCAACCAAUGAAAAGGGCAUGGCAAAAUAAAGGGGUAAGUGUUUGUAGUGAUGGGUGGUCGGAUGCACAAAGAAGACCUCUCAUUAAUAUCAUGGCCGUUUGUGAAAGUGGGCCUAUGUUCUUGAAGGCAAUAAAUUGUGAAGGUGAGUGUAAGGAUAAAUUUUUCAUGGCGAACUUACUUAUUGAAUCAAUUCGGGAAAUAGGUCCUCAAAAUGUGGUUCAAGUGGUCACCGACAAUGCUCCGCUUUGUAAGGCGGCCGGACAUAUUGUUGAGGCAAAGUUUAAGCACAUCUUUUGGACACCAUGUGUGGUUCAUACCCUUAAUCUUGCUUUGAAGAACAUAUGCUCACCCGUGCUAAGACAUCCGGAAGUGUAUGAGCAAUGUAGUUGGAUUUCAACAAUCUCAAGUGAUGCAUGGUUUAUUAAGAAUUUUAUUAUGAACCAUAAUAUGAGGUUGUCAAUGUAUAAUGAUCAUUGUAAGUUGAAGUUGCUCUUCGUUGCUGAGACACGUUUUGCUUCUACAAUUGUGAUGCUUAAAAGAUUUAAGCAAGUGAAACAAGGCUUAGAGCAAAUGGUUAUUAGUGAGCAAUGA